CCACAGUAAUAGCAUCAUCAGUGAAGCUCCUCCCACAGUAAUUCAGCAAUAAAUGCUGGAAUAUCUCCAUCAGUUCACAAGUGAAGACGAGCAUCUAAUCAUCAGGAAGAAAUCUGCAAAGACUGAGUUUAUUAAAGAGGACAGAGAGAAGAUGAGAGAUCCAGAACCCUGCAGAAUCAAACACACUGAAGAUACUGAAGAACUAACAGAGUUGACUGAAGAAAGUGAGGAGAAUGAAGAAUUGAGUGAAAACGAUUUAAAGAAAAGAAGAGCCAAGAAAUCUUUCACCUGCACUCAGUGUGGAAAGAGAUGGACAUGCAAACGUCAUCUUGAGCUUCACAUGAGAGUUCACACUGGAGAGAAACCAUACGCUUGUGAUCAGUGCGGGAAGAGUUUCUCACAAUCAUCAAACCUUAAGGUACACAUGAACAUUCACACUGGAGAGAAACCGUACGCAUGUGAUCAGUGUGGGAAAACAUUUUUGAGAGCAGCACUGAGAGUUCAUACAAAGGAGAAACCACAUUCAUGUCAUUUGUGUGGAAAGAGGUUUUCACGUCGACAAAAUUUGAAAGAACAUCAGAAAAUUCAUACUGGUGUGAGAGAGUACAUGUGCUUUGAGUGUGAAAAGACUUUUACUAGAGCAAAGUAUUUAAAACGGCACGAGAGGAUUCACACUGGAGAGAAACCUUACAAGUGUACACACUGUGACAAGAGAUUCAGACAGUCAGCAAAUCUGAAAACACACGAGAGGAUCCACACUGGAGAGAAACCGCACACAUGUUCACACUGUGACAAGAGAUUCAGUCAGUCAGCAAAUCUGAAAACACAUGAGAUGAUCCACACUGGAGAGAAACCGCACACAUGUGAUCCGUGCGGGAAGAGAUUCUCACUAAAAUCAAACCUUACAAACCAUAUGAGGAGGAUCCACACUGGAGAGAAACCUUACAAGUGUUCACACUGUGAUAAGAAAUUCAUUCAUUCAGGAGCUCUGAAAACACAUGAGAGGAUUCACACUGGAGAGAACCCGUACACAUGUGAUCAGUGCGGGAAG